AUGCAAGUAAGGGACAUAAUUGCAUUACAGGAGCCUGAGCCAUCCAAACCUUGGCCAGGGAUCUGGGAUGCUACGCAUUAUGGUAGUCCGUGCAUCCAGUAUGUGUUUGUGCAUAGCUCUAGUGACACACCUGUGGUUGGUGAAGAGGACUGUCUGCACCUCAACAUCUUCACACCGAAGUUGCCUGCACCAAAUGGAGUAUCUCCCCUAUUAGAUGUUUUUGUGUUUAUUCAUGGAGGAGGCUUUAUGAGUGGUUCUGGAAGGUACUUUGGACCUGAUUAUCUACUGGAUCAUGAAGUUAUUGUAGUAACCAUCAACUACCGGUUAGGUAUUCUUGGUUUUCUGAGUACAGAAGAUGAACAACUACCAGGAAACAAUGGACUAAAAGAUCAGUCCAUGGCCUUCCGCUGGAUACAAGCAAAUAUUGCAUCCUUUGGAGGAAAUCCAGCUAGUGUUACAAUAGCAGGUUCUUCAGCUGGAGCAGCUAGUGUGCAUUUUCAUUAUCUUUCUUCCUGGUCUAGAGGUUUGUUUCAGAGGGGUAUGUCAUUUAGUGGAUCAGCCCUUGUUCCAUGGGCAAUUGCGGAAGGUCAGCGAGAAAAAGCUGAUAAACUUGCUAGUCUUAUGGGAUGUAAAACACAUUCUUCUAAAGAAAUACUGGAGUGUUUAAGAACUAGACCAGCAAGGCAAUUAGUUGAGAUGACACAACAUUUUCAGAUGUGGCGAUAUAAUCCCUUUACCCCAUUUGGACCAUCCGUUGAAACAGCAGGAAGCACCCCAUUCUUGGCUAAACAGCCAGCAGAACUUAUGGCUGAAGGUUCUAUUCAAGAUUUGCCUUGGGUCACCAGUGUUACAACAGAAGAAGGUGUUUAUCCAGCAGGAGAUUUUGUAACUAAUGAAGAUCUUAUGGAAGAGCUCAACAAGCAUUUUGUGGAACUUUCACCUUUUCUUCUGGACUAUAAUUACACAGCACCACAGACAUUACACCACAAAAUUGGAAGAGAAGUGCUACAGUUCUAUGUUGGUGAACAGCCCUUAUCAACAAAUACUGCUGACAAGAUAGUACAGCUGUUUAGUGACCGGAUGUUUGUGGUAGAUGUUGAGCGUGCAGCACGGAUGCAAGCUGCUGUCAACACUGCUCCAGUAUACUUUUAUGUUUUUAGUUACAGAGGAAAACACAGUUUUUCUGAAGUGAUGUCAGGAAAUGAUGUUGACCUAGGUGUCAGUCAUGUUGAUGACAUGGGCUAUAUUAUGAGGAUGGAUGAAAAACAUGGCUUGAAAGUUCUCGAAGCAGAAGAAGACAGAAAAGUAGUGGAGUUAAUGGUUGACAUAACACUCCAUUUUGUUAAUAGUGGGGAUUCAACAUCAAAAAAGAGAAAUAUCACUUGGCCAGCUGUAAGAGGAAAUGCUAAGGAUAUUGACUAUCUGCAAAUUUCUGGAUACAGUGACAUUGCGGCAGCAACAAGUUAUGAUCUUGGGAAUCGAGAGUUCUGGGAUUCCUUAGGAAUUUUGGAACCACAAAUGCUGAUCAAAAAAGAACACAAAAUAGAUGAACUCUAAUAGAUAAAUUGAUGUAAAUGUUCAGUGGUAAUCAUCAACUGUCCUCAGAUAUUGUAAAUUGAAUAUCUCCACCUAGCAGCUAAGGAUGAAUUAUCUCGUUUGCAAAGAAGAGCACUAAAUGUAGAAUGUUUUAUCCUGGCUACUUCAUGAAACUGAAAAACUCCUGUUCAGAUCAUCAGUAGGUCUAUUUUUGCAAAUAUAAACAGUAUUGGUUAUGAUGCUGGCACACUAUAGAAAUGUGAAAAAAAAUGUUCUUUCCCUCUAUGUAGAAUAGUAUGAAGAUUUUUUUUCCCCAAAUAAAUUUACAUGUUUAUUGUAAUUUUUAUGAAUAUUGCCCAUACAUACUUGAAUGUCUGGGCUACUUGAAACACAAAUAUGGUUGUAUUUCACUGCUUAUUGCUACUGUUUAUUCAUUUUGAUUAUCCAGUUCACACAUUGUAUGCCAUUAAUAUUUUGGAUAUUUUUAAUCUCCUUGCAAAUUACUUGUGGUGUUAAUGUCUCAGUAUUUUGGUACAAAUAAGACACUAUUCCUAUUAGUGAAGUUAAUGAGAAUGCUUGAGUUUUUAGAAGUUUUCAUUAUUAUUUAUUGAAGGAUCUGCAUUUCAAAUUACUCGUGUCUGACUGUGAUUCAUGAGUUAGUCCCUAAACAAUUUAUGUGUUAAUAUAUUCAUUGUCCAUGGAAGUACUGAUAAUUAAUGGUGCACCUAACUUCAGUACUCAUCAAAAAUGUGUUUUUUUAUUGUCACUCAUCUAACAAUUGGAUAACAGCUAUAUGAAAAGAAUAGAUUACUACUCACCACAUAGAAGAGUCACUGAGUUACACACAGGCCCCUGUACUGGGAGACAGUGGCCAUGUGUAUGUGAGUUAUGCUCGUGGGAAUGUGUGUGUGUUUUCUACUUCAGAAGAAGGACUUCUUUUGUCCAAAUGGCUAUAUGUUCAGCAGCCUUUUUCUUUGAGCCUGUCUGCAGCUCAACUAUGUGGCGAGUAGCAGUUUAUCCUUUCCAUAUUCUUUACAGUCAUCUCUGAGUGAUGGGUCUUGAUUCAUACUUUCUCAGUUACAGUUACAUUCUAUAAAGACAAUUGUAUUUACAUUCCAAAAUGAAAUUUGUGCUCCAUUUUGGAGUUCAUCUUUAUCUGACUGUAAUAUUGAGAAUGAAUUUUUCGCUGUGCAACAAAGUGUACCCUGAUAUGAAACUUCCUGGUAGAUUGAAGUUGUGUGCAGGAGCAAGACUCAAACUUGGGAUCUUUGUGAUUCCCUGCAAAAGAUAAAGCUGCCAAAUUCAGGCCUUAGACUGGAACACAGGUUUAAUCUCCUGUGAAGUGACUGUAAUGUUUCAUAAACCAAUGAUCUUCCACUUUCUAAGGCAAAAAGUCAACCCCUCAUUGGUUGCUGAAGGCUCAUCAAUGCUGUAAAGGUUAAUGAGGGAUUUAAGUGUCAUUACAAUUAAUUAUUUUAGUGAAGAAAAGCUGUCACAGAAGUCAUAUCUAAUUAAAAGAUUAAUUUUAGUGCAUCUGGAGCUGUAUAAGUGUUAGCCUACAUGUGUUUAACAAAAUUAUCAGAUAGUAAUAAUAUUGUAUAUAUCAAUACUAACAGCAAAAAGGCUCAUUAUUUUACUACCUGUAACCUUAGUGAAUAUUUUGUAAAGAGCAAUUUAAAAUUUAUAAUCAAUUGAGGUAACAAAAUAACUAACUGCCUUGAAAUUUCUGUACCCUUUACACUUGUGUAGAGAAUGCAGUCAAACUAUUCUCAUUCUUUACUAAAGUCUCAGUUAAGUUACAUAUGAGUAACAGUAUCCUUUGCUGUAGACUAAUUACUGUGAAGCGUGCCUAACCUGAGAAAGUGGCAUAAGAUCAGAUAGCUAA